AUGCAGCGUGAGCUCAAGGCUGCACCAAGGCCACCAUCAGCUUUCGGCAACGGCCACAGCAAAGAAUUGCACGACAAGCCCCUGCUGGUGCUGUACGGCUCCAACAUGGGAACCUGUGAGGAGCUGGCAGACCGUUGGGUGAGUCUUGGUGAGAUGCUAGGCAUGCCUUGCAGCAAGGCGUCCUUGGCUGAGGCCAUCAGCAGCGACGGCCCCGUGGAUCUUCGUUCUGCUGGCACAGAUUGUAUUGUUGCGAUCAUCACCAGCACGUACAAUGGCCAAGCCCCAGACAAUGCGGUGGACUUCGAAAGAUGGCUCGAGUCCGAUGGGGCAAGCGCUACCGUUCGAAACCUUCGGUUCGCUUGCUUUGGCGUCGGCAACCGGCAGUGGACCAGCACCUUCUUGUCCUUCCCCAGACGUUUGCAAACUCGCCUGGAAGAGCUCGGCGCUGUGGCGCUGGUGCCCAUGGGUGAGGGCGAUGCGAAUUCAGGGCAAGUGUCGUCAGCCUUCGAUGCUUGGAAUCGCUCUCUGUUUUCAGAAAUCUUCAAGACUUUCAAGCUGCCCGUCCCUGCGGGCAUCCAAGAUUCUCUCAAUCCAAGCUUCGAGGUCGCGCUGCAUGUGGGCAUGGAAGCCAGAGAGAUCCAGGGUGGGGAUGCAACGUUGAUCUUGGAAGACGCGCUGGCGCGGGCCAAGGGCAGCUUCUUGAAGAACUGCCGGUCUUGGGUCACGCAGGUGAGCCUGAACACAGAGCUCCUCACGGACGAGGCAGUAGCUCAGGGGCGUUCCACCCGCCAUAUAGAGGUGGCCUUACCCGAAGGUCACAGCUACAGAGCCGGUGACCAUCUCGGGGUAUGGGGUGCCAAUCCGGAUGAGGUGGUAGCAGCUCACAUGGACUACUUCCGUUUGCCUCAUGAUUCCGUUGUGUCUUUGUCUCUCCUCCGGCAGUCUGAUGCAUCAUGCCUGGUGCCACUGCAGCGCAAGACUGACGUCUGGAGCACGCUUGCUUACUGCUUCGAUCUGCAGCAGCCCGCAAGCAUGGCGCAGAUCGAAGUUCUUGCUCCUCUGGCUGCUUGCCCGGCAGAGAGAGCUGACUUGGAGCAACUUUCCAGCGAUGCUGGAUGUCAUGCGGCAAGGGUCCUGGCAGGCAAGCGCACGCUGUUGGAGAUCCUCCAAGCUUACGGCUCCGUGAAGCUUCCGUUCGGGAAGUUCCUGGGAAUGUUGCCCGCGAUGAAGCCCAGGUUCUACUCCAUUUCAUCGUCCCCAAUCAAGUGUCCGAACAGCUUAAGCAUCACGGUGAGUGUAGUGGCAGGCACUACGCCGUCCGGCAGGAAGCACAUUGGAGUCUGCUCGAACCACCUCAAAGAGCAGCCUCGAUUACGGCCGGCAAGUGUAGGCCUGCCUGCUGAUGCUGAGCAUUACAUGCCACUGAUCCUGUUCGUGAAAGAUUCUGGUGGUCUUUUCAGGUUGCCAGAGCCCAACGUGCCAGUCAUCAUGGUGGGACCUGGCACAGGUGUCGCUCCCAUGCGCGGCUUCCUGCAAGAGCGUGCUGCGCAGGGGGCCAGAGAAAACAUCUUGUUCUUUGGCUGCCGUGACCGGCACGAGCUCCUUUACCAGAGUGAAUUGGAGGAGUUGCAAGCUUCUGGAUACCUGAAGCUGUUCGUUGCGCUUUCCAGGGAGCCUUCGGUACCUAAGACGUACGUUCAGAACCUCAUCGAGCAAGAAAGCGAUCUGGUAGUUGAUUUCUUGCAGCGAGGCGCACGCAUCUACGUGUGUGGGGAUGCCUCCAGGAUGGCGCCAGAGGUUCGUGCCACAUUCCAGCGCGUUGCAGAGAAGAUCGGAUUGGGCGACUCCUUUGUGGCAUCGAUGGUGAAGCAAGGCCGCUACUGCGAAGACGUCUGGGCCUGA